UGGCCCCCGCCGGGAUCCGUAGCCAAGCCGGCCAAUGGCAAUGCACGGUGCCAGCGCGGGCCGCGGUGCCUGCCGGGAAGCGUGGUCCGCCGCCGUGCCGGUACCGGCGCUGGUCCCGCUCCACAUGGCGGGGGUGCGGCGGCUGCUUUCGCUGCUGCUGCCGCUGGCCUGGGCCCGGCCCGCGGGCUGCGGCGACCCGCCGGACGGCGGCUGGCUGGUGGGCACGGUGCCGGAGGAAGAGCGGUGCACGGUGGAGCGGGCCGACGCCUCCCUCACCUACUCCCUCUUCCUGCAGCGGUUCGCCUUCUCCCGGCCGGUCAUCCUCCGCGGGGUCACGGACAACUCGGCGUUCCGUGCCCUCUGCACCCGGGAGAAGCUGCUGGCGGCUUUCGGGGCCCACCUGGUGCGGCUCAGCACGGCCAACACCUACUCCUACCGCAAAGUGGACGUGCCCUUCCGGGAGUAUGUGGAGCAGCUGCUGAAGCCGCAGGAUCUGGCCCAGCUGGGUAGCGACACCCUCUACUUCUUUGGGGACAACAACUUCACCGAGUGGGGCCCCCUCUUCCAGCAAUAUGUGCCCCCCGCCUUCCGCAUCCCAGGCACCAGCCCAGCCUACAGCUUUGGGAUUGCAGGCUCUGGCUCCGGUGUUCCCUUUCACUGGCACGGCCCUGGUUACUCCGAGGUGAUCUUUGGCAGGAAGCGCUGGUUUCUGUACCCGCCGGAUAAAACACCCCACUUCCACCCCAACGAGACGACACUGGCCUGGCUGUACCACACAUACCCAGCACUGCCACUGGCCGAGCGCCCGCUGGAGUGCACCCUCCGCCCCGGGGAGGUCCUGUACUUCCCCGACCGUUGGUGGCACGCCACGCUCAACCUGGACACCAGCGUCUUCAUCUCCACCUUCCUCGGGUAGAGCGAGGAUGCCCGAGGACAUGCUGCUGUCAUCUCGGCUGUGGUGACAACGAGCUGGGGCAGCAGCACCGGCUUCUGUUGCCAGCCACUCAACUACUGGUGUUGGGACCAAGUCCCUGAAGACAUUCUGGUUUUUACUGGUCUUUUCCAUCCCUCUUCGAUUAAAGUUGUUCUGCCAUAGGUCA